AUGGAGCUAUUUUUUUGUGUAUUAUUAAUGGAAGUGAAGCAGUUAAUAUACAUGCAUACAUUUUUCCUCUCUGUAAAACUUAAUUGUUCAACUUCUUAUACAUUUAUCAAGUUGAAUUCAUUUUUUAAUCUGAAUAAGGAAAUUAAAACACAAUGUCUUCUCUCUCUUCUUUCUUUUUGUGUGUACUGCAAUGAGGUCGUGCAGCCUACAGGACUGCCAGUCAGUAGGGUAAAAAAAAUACCUGAUACAAAAUUUGGAGUCAGUGAGCAAUCAGACCAGGGUAACCACUUGUCAUUUACUCAGUACACAAAUGCGAAAGGCAAAACCUUGCAUUAUAAACGUUGUACUUCAUUUUUAAACAGAUUAUUUAAAAGAAUGAGAAAAAAAUUAACAACCGGAACAAGCACAAGUCCACUAAUGAGUUUCUUUUGUCGUUCAACUGAUUCACAAGCUUUUUCCAGGAACUUGUUAGUAAAAAAAGUAUCUGUUAUGCAUUGGCAGGUUAAAUUUCCAACAAAGACUAAGCAACUAAAUUUUUGUUUGUUACGACUGGCCUCCAAGGCCGUUAUACCAUUCAAACAACGAUGGGGUGCGUUAAAUAACGAACCAAGUAAAAAAGUUGUUAGUCACAAAUAUUAUCGUUAUUGGGCAAAAAAAGCAUUUGACAAUUGUCCAGCAAAUGCAAGCCAAUUUUACGAAAAAAUGUACAUUAUGAUAAAUAAUUGUGCUGAAAUCAAAAGAACCAUUUGGGAUGCUCUCAGGAGGCUUCGAAAAAAAAAAAAAACAAAACCACCUUACCUAAAGGGGAAGUUUGGCGAAGACAAGUUAAUUAAAGAUGGUAAUAAAAAGUCUACAAAAUUCUACAAAAUCACCCAUAAAUUUGGUAAAAAUUUGUGCUUUCUGAUUUUCGCCUUGGUAGAAUAUCCAACAUAG